AUAUUUAAUCCAUCGCAUUAAUUCAUUUCUCCUUCGUCUUUGUUCAAACUGUUGCCGAGUUUUGUUCACCGGGGAGAAACUCACCGGACAUUCAAAUUUCUCCAUCUCUUUAUUCAUUUCCCGAAAUUCUCGAGGAUUAAACAAUUUCUAACCGGUAAAUAGAAUAAGAAAUUUUCUGUCACCAUAUAUUGAACUUCAUUCAAUUUACCCAAACCGAAUCCGAUAUUCUCACGCAAUCUCUUGUCAAAGGAAAAAUAGCAUGAGUUUCGGAAUUAUUUCGGCCGCCAUGUUUCCCCGCCAUGUCAGCAGUGCCAAAUCUGGCGAUCUGGUUAUUGUUUAGAUUCUAAUUGGAUAUGCAUCCGUUUUGUUGCGUCUCCACCGUGUCCGAUAACAACCACGCUUCUUAUAAAAACUUCACUGGUCAUCUCCCUACCAUGCCUCCUCCUUCUACGACUAUGUCCACGACGUCUUCAACCCGGUUCGAGCAGUCGGCCCGAUCCAUUACGGCCCAAGUCAACCACCAUUAUAGCAACAAUCACAACGGUGGGAGUGCCAAUUGGACGGAAUCGAAUCAGCGGCUGAGUCAGAGGGUGGAACAACCGGUUGACGUGAAGAUAAACGACUUAGUCGGGAACGGAAUAGCCGGAGUGCUGUACAAGUGGGUGAAUUACGGGAAAGGAUGGAGGCCGAGAUGGUUCGUAUUACAGGACGGUGUUUUGUCGUAUUACAAGAUCCACGGACGUGAUAAGAUCGUCGUGAGUCAAGAGACGGAGAAAGGUUGCAAAAUUAUCGGCGAAGAGUCCAUGCGAAGAAUCCACCGGCGGUGCAAUAAGUACGAAACUCAUCAGCACCACCUUCACCGCAAACCGUUCGGCGAAAUCCAUCUCAAGGUGUCGUCAAUCCGCGAGAGCAAAUCGGACGACAAGAGAUUUUCAAUAUUUACAGGCACAAAACGACUGCACUUAAGGGCUGAAAUGCGGGAGGACCGAUCGGCAUGGAUAGAGGCAUUGCAAGCGGUCAAAGAAAUGUUUCCGAGAAUGUCGAACAGUGAGCUGAUGGCUCCAUCUGAGAAAAUUCCCCUGUCUACCGAGAAAUUGAGACAACGGUUGUUAGAGGAGGGAGUGAGAGAAGAAGUAAUACAAGAGUGCGAAAAGAUUAUGAACGACGAGUUCGCCAUGUUGCAGAAUCAGUUGCUGUUGCUGAAGCAGAAGCAGUGGUUACUGAUGGACACCCUGAGGCAUCUGGAGGUACAUACAGAAAAGGUUGACCUGGAGAAUACAGUUGUUGAUGAGAGCCAAAGACAGUUGAGUGAUCCAGGUGCUUCCUCUAGAUUCAGGCAAGACAAAUUCAGUGAAGGUAGUCCAACUGAAUCUGAUGAUGAUAAUGAAAGAGUUGAUGCAGCAGAGGAAGAAACAGAUGAAGAUGAAACUACUUUCUUUGAUACUCGUGACUUUUUGUCGUCAAGUUCCUUCAAAAGUAAUGGGUCUGAUUUUUGGACUUCAUCUUUCUCUUCAGAUGGGGAAGGGCUUCAUAUCGAUGAAUCUGAAGAUGACAUUGAUCCAUCCAUCAGAUCAGUUGGAACUAACUAUCCUUGUAUUAAGAGACGCAAGAAACUCCCUGAUGCGAUUGAAAAAGAGAAGGGUGUCAGCCUUUGGUCAAUGAUUAAGGAUAACAUUGGCAAGGACCUGACAAAAAUUUGUCUUCCUGUUUACUUUAAUGAGCCCCUUUCUUCUCUACAAAAGUGUUUUGAAGAAUUGGAGUAUUCAUAUCUUCUUGACCGAGCAUAUGAAUGGGGGAAAAGGGGUAAUAAACUAAUGAGGAUAUUAAAUGUGGCCGCCUUUGCUGUAUCUGGUUAUGCUUCAACUGAAGGAAGAAUAUGUAAACCUUUUAAUCCACUGUUAGGCGAAACAUAUGAAGCUGACUAUCCAGAUAAAGGUCUCCGUUUUUUCUCAGAGAAGGUCAGUCAUCACCCCAUGAUUGUUGCCUGUCAUUGUGAGGGUACUGGUUGGAAAUUUUGGGGAGAUAGCAAUUUGAAGAGCAAAUUUUGGGGUCGCUCAAUUCAGCUUGACCCUGUUGGUGUCCUAACUUUAGAAUUUGAUGAUGGAGAAGUCUUUCGAUGGAGUAAGGUUACCACAUCAAUAUAUAAUCUCAUAUUGGGAAAGUUGUAUUGUGAUCACUAUGGAACAAUGCGUGUGGAGGGAAAUUAUGAGUAUUCAUGCAAGCUGAAAUUCAAGGAGCAGUCUAUCAUUGACCGCAAUCCUCACCAGGUGCAUGGUAUAGUUCAAGAUAGGAAUGGGAAAACAAUGGCAACCCUAUUUGGAAAGUGGGAUGAGAGCAUGCAUUAUGUGAUCGGAGACUUUUCAGGGAAAGGAAAAGGACUUGAAUCUUUAUCGGAUGCUCAUCUACUUUGGAAGCGGAGUGCUCCUCCUAAAUUUCCCACUAGAUAUAACUUCACACGUUUUGCCAUCACAUUGAAUGAGCUCACCCCUGGUCUAAAGGAGAAACUGCCACCAACAGAUUCAAGGCUCAGAUCUGACCAAAGGCAUUUGGAAAAUGGGGAGUACGAAAUGGCAAAUUCUGAGAAGUUACGGCUAGAGAAGCGACAGCGGCAGGCUAGAAAAAUGCAAGAGAGUGGCUGGAAACCAAGAUGGUUUGCCAAGGAUAAAGUAAGUGGCAGUUAUCGGUAUCUGGGUGGGUAUUGGGAAGCCAGAGAGAAAUCAAAUUGGAAUUCAUGUCCUGAUAUAUUUGGUCAUUUCCCUUCUGAUCAGCUCCUUGACUAAGUUGUGUUUCUCUAUUCCUUCACAUUUAUUAAUGAUUGAUUGCCCCAUAAUCAUCCCUGUAAGUACAUUAGAUUAGGAUGUUGGCAAGAAAAUAAAAAUUACCAUCUUGUUGAUUGGCAGAGAAUGAAAGAUAUUUUUUCCCUUAA